UAUAACGUGCCUACAAAAGCGACCGCAGAAUAACAAAAACACAAAAAAACGGUGACUGGAGCGGUAGAAACAGCAGCGGAAUAAUCAACAAAGGCGGCAAACAUGGCGACUGAAAUGGACGAGCUAAUUGAGAAGCUGAAGACGACCAGCGUCAGUCCGGCGAACACGACGAACCUUCUCUGCGAGAUCUCGGCCACCAAGGACCCCAAGCUGUUCGACAAGCACGAGCUGGCGGACUGCUUCCUGGGGCUCACCAAGUGCGAGGACACGAACGUGCGCAAGGAGGCGGCCAAGUGCAUCGCGGAGAUCACCAAGUCGGAGGUGCAGCGCAAGAAGUUCACCACGCGGGCUAUCAUAUCCGCCUUCCUCGAGUGCCUGCGCCAGGUGCCGACGCACGACGGCAGCAUGGAGCUGCCCAUACAGAUAUGCCGGGCUCUGGGGAACAUCUGCUACUUGAACGACGAGGCCAGGGACCUCAUCCUGGAGCUGGAGGGCGAUGCCGUGCUGCUGCGCCUGCUGGACAUCGGCAGCAUCGAGGACGUGGCCAACGCGGCGCAGUUCAUCAAGGUGCGCGGUGGCCUGCUGUCCAACUAUCUGCUCGGCGGCGAGGGACUGGCCAAGCGGGCCAUGGAGCUGGGCGUGAUGAAGAAGCUGCAGGCCAUCAUUGACACCGGCGCCUCCAAUGUGGAACAGCACGAGGACCUGCUGCUGAACACGCUCCCGCUGCUCAGCAUUCUCACCGAGAACGUGGCGGAUCUGAACUUCGACUCCUCCUUGAACAUCAAGCUGUCGCGCAUCCUGGCCGCCUCCACGAACCCCGACCUGGCCGAGAUGUGCCUGGAGCUGCUCCACUACCAGGCGGAGAGCGACGAGGUCAAGCUGAUCCUGGCCAAGGACGGUCUGUGCGAAACCAUCUACAACCUCCUGGAGAAGUACAAGACCCUUGCCAGCACAAGUGAAGCCAGGGCGCUAAUGAAGCUCGCCUGCGAGCUCAUCGUUUUGAUUCUUACGGGUGAUGAAUCGAUGACCUAUCUGUACACCACACCGCUGCUGAAGAACAUGGUCGACUGGCUGGACUCGUCGGACAUCGAUCUGCUGACCACCGGCGUGCUGGCCCUGGGCAACUUUGCGCGCACCGAUAGCCACUGCAUCUACUUUGUGGAGCAGCAGACCAUGAACAAGCUGCUCGAGGUGCUGGCCAAGAACAACGGGGUGAAGGACGACGUGCGUCUGCAGCACGCCCUGCUCUCCGCGCUGCGCAACCUGGUCAUCCCGAAGCCGAACAAGAACGCGGUGAUCCAGGCGGGCCUGGUGCAGACCAUUCUGCCAAUGCUGGAGAUCCACCAGCCACCGGUCGUCUUCAAGCUGCUGGGCACGCUUCGCAUGACGGUCGACGGACAGGAGAAACUCGCUCUGGAGCUGCUGAAGAACAAGACGCUGAUCGAGCAGCUGGUGCACUGGAGCAAAUCGUCUGACUAUGCGGGCGUCACCGGGGAGUCUCUGCGCCUCAUGGCCUGGCUAAUUAAGCACGCCUACCUCAGCAAAAUCGCCUACGCCCUGCCGCGCAAGGGCGACGCACCCGCCGAACAGAUCGCCGACAGGAUUCCGCUCACCCAGGACUACGACCGCAGCAGCCUGAGCGAGUUCCUCGCCAACGAGGGCACCGUGGAGGCCAUGGUCAACAUGCUCACCGCCCAGCACCUGGUGAUGCAGAACGAAGCGCUGAUCGCGCUCUGCAUCCUCUCCGUGGUCUACCUCUCGCAGGCGAGCGAGGCGGCGCAGGCACAGCGCCUGCAGGACGAGCUGGUCAAGUGCGAGGUGGGCAAGAAGCUGGCCGAGCUGAUCAGCAAGUCGUCGGACUCGAUGACCAAGGAGAUUGUCGAGAACCUUGAGAACUGCGUCAACCUCCUCAAGUCUUCCGAACAGCUGGUGGCGCACCUGGAGAAGCACAACAUCAACGAGCUGCUGAAGUCUAUACCCAUUCUCACCGAGUACUGCACCUUGUAAGGGAAACGGGGUCGUGGCAUUGCAUUUAUCCCAGCACCGCAGGAUGCCUCACAGUAGGAUGGGUCGAUUUGAAUACCUUGGGGGGCGAACAAUUAUCUUUGGGCAACGCUCCGCUAUCUCCUUCUAAAUUCUAUUCCACUUUUGGUCGAAAGCGAGAUCGAUUCAUUUUAUUCAAAUCAAUUUUUCAACACAUUGUAUGAGAUUGGAAACUAAUGUUGGACCAUAGUAUCAGCCAGAAUUGCCAAAGAUACAUUUUCGCUUCCAUCGAGCUAAAAUUUCCAAAUGGUCUUCCUAAUUGUCAAAAACUUAAAACUAUUUUGGUUUUUUUGUGUUCCCUUUCCUAUUAAACUUUUAUUCAGUAUUUUCGACGAUUUUAAAUGAACAAUUGUUUAAUUUAAAUUGAACUUCACUUAAAUAGAAAUAAUAUUUUCUUGUUUGUUAAAUCAAAAAAAAACGUGGUUGUGCAGCCUCUGUAAUUCUCAUACAAUUUCGAAUAUUUUUUUAUUAUGAACCCACAAAAAGACAAAAAAAAAAAUGUCAUCGAUUAUUGUUAGGUGGCCACUUGGAUGACUUAGACUCUAAUGCUUCUUGAAAAUCAACCCACCCUAACCCACACACAAACACACUUGAAACCGGAGAAAAUUGUAGUUUUCACCUUAGAGCAACGAUUCAGAAGUAGACUUGACUGUAGUUCGGUAAGACGGAUGAUGAAAGACGAAAGAUGCAGAACUUCAGCACACUUAGAACGCGGAAACGAUAAGAGCGGAAUGUAUUUUUUAGACGCAAGCGUAUUUUGACUGCAUUUAUGAGAAGAAUCCGAUAGAGAGGGGGAAGAAUACAAAUGGUAUAGAUAUUUAUAAUAUACAUAACAUAUACGUAUAAAUAUGAUAAUAUUAAUAAUAAUUUAGCAUAUUAAUCUUUUCUGUUACAUGAUUUUUAAGAGCACAAUAACAAAUCGUGGUGAUAUCGCUAAAUAUAUUUAAUGAGUGUAUUUUA